GUAUUCCCGUACAAUUUUAGCAACGAAGACAAGGGGUUUAUGGUAUUGCCUGUUGAUGUUUUUGAUGCAAUUAGGAAGGAUAUGAUUCACCGUGUCGUAAGAUGGCAGCUCGCUAAAAGGCAGCAGGGAACCCAUUCGACCAAAAAUCUCAGUGAAGUGAGUGGGACUGGUAGAAAGCCUUGGCCGCAAAAGGGUACUGGUCGAGCAAGGCAUGGUACACUGCGGGGCCCACAGUUUAGGGGCGGUUGUACCAUGCAUGGUCCAAGGCCACGUAGUCAUGCUAUCAAGCUAAACAAGAAGGUUCGUCGAUUAGGGCUAAAGAUUGCACUUUCAGCUCGUGCAGCAGAAGGCAAGCUUAUGAUUUUCGAUGAUUUGGAGGUACCUUCACAUAAGACAAAGAACAUUGUCAACUACGCGAAGCAAAUGGAGGAUGCCAAGAAACUUCUGCUUGUUGAUGGUGGUCCGUUAAACGAAAAGCUGAAGCUGGCUACUCAAAACGUACAUUAUGUCAAUGUACUGCCUUCAAUUGGUUUAAACGUUUAUAGCAUUCUGCUGCACGAUACGCUGGUAAUGUCACGUUCUGCUGUGAACGCAAUAGUCGAAAGAAUGCACACUCCAAUCAGUCGGUAAUGAACACUUCUCCAUGCUGUAACCUGAGUUUUCUAGAACUUUGUGGAACAACCAUAAUUUUCGCACUUUUUUUUCCCAUAAUAACCUUUACUGAAAAAACGAAAAAAAAUCUCAAACAUGUCCUAUGGCCUACAAUAAUUUCUUACAGGGAAUGAAAGAUAAGUUGCACUAAUUUUUCCAUGAAUCCUAAUAAACAAAUACUGCUACCAAUAGUUUGGAUAUAUCGGAGGGACUGGGUAUCGAAUAAUUCAUUUAUCUCUUUCUCAUAAUUUAUUCGAAGAACGCGGCCAUUACGCAAGGUUCUAUUUUUUUAUUUAUUUGUUUUUUAUGGGAAAAAGAAAUUGCAAAAAAGCCUUUUGUUCUAUAGUGUGUACAUACAUGGUGAUGGUGUUUAAAGAGCAUAGACAAAUGGUGAGAAGAUGCCAUUGAUGAAGGCUAAGUUGGGCCCCACACACACACACUUGCAAUAAUAUUUUUUGUUCUUUUAGAGAGAGACUUUUUGUAGUUCGUUCAUCCACUUUGGUUAAAGCUUAAUGUUAUGACUUAGAAUCCAAUGAUCCAUUUAAUUUCUCCAAAUACAUAAGUUAUUAAGUUAAUUUAACAAACUGUACUUCAU